CUGGCAUUCUCUCUCUCACUCUCUCUCCACCCCCUUUCAGAGCGUCAUGCCGAGGCAGUUGGUUCGCUCCGCCGUGUCUGGGGCUCAGCGAGAGCUGUGAGAGGCUGUUAUUUAGGUCUGUUACAGCAGACAGGGAGCAGCUCACCCAAGGGCAGGGGGAGAAGAGAGAGUCAGAGAGAGAGAGUCAGAGUAACGCUCAGCUCAGCCAGGCAGGAACCAGAUCUGCAUUCCAGCUGAGAGGGAGAGAGGGGAAACUCCAGCAUCGGCAGGAAAGGGCAGCAGUGAGAGUGACAGCCAGAGAUAAGUGGAGGCAGGGAAGGGAAGGUAGCAGAUCCGGCUAGCUGUUGCUGCUGCUGUUUGUUGUUGUCACUGCCUCAGUGAGUGACGUGAGCGCUGGAAGCAGGACAGGACGCAGGCAGGACUGAGGGCUCUUAGUGAUUUUUGCUGACNGGGGGGGGGUGCCAUGUUUGACUGUAUGGAGGCUCUGGGAAUGGGCCCCCGUCAGCUCUAUGAUGUCACCAGCCGCGGUGCAUGCAUGCUGCGGAAGGCAAGCCCCUUCUUUGCCGGGCUGGACCCCUUCGCCUGGACGGGCAGUGCCAGUGUUCAGUCGGUGGAGACCCAGAGCACCAGCUCAGAGGAGAUGUUACCCAGUUCUCCAUCUCCACCUCCCCCACCUCGUGUCUACAAGCCCUGCUUUGUGUGCCAGGACAAGUCCUCGGGGUACCACUACGGGGUCAGCUCCUGUGAGGGCUGCAAGGGUUUCUUUCGCCGCAGUAUCCAGAAGAACAUGGUGUACACCUGCCACCGAGACAAGAACUGUCAGAUUAACAAGGUCACUCGCAACCGCUGCCAGUACUGCAGGCUGCAGAAGUGCUUUGAGGUCGGCAUGUCCAAGGAAGCAUCUUGUUUUUCUUUUUUUAAAGCGGUGCGUAAUGACAGAAACAAGAAGAAGAAGGAUGUGAAGGAGGAGUUGGUGCUUCCAGAGAGCUAUGAGCUAAGCGGAGAGCUAGAGGAGUUGGUCAAUAAAGUCAGCAAAGCUCACCAAGAAACCUUCCCGUCACUUAUCCAAUUGGGCAAAUACCACACCAACUCUAGCUCAGACACCCGUGUCCAGCUGGAUCUGGGUUUAUGGGACAAGUUCAGUGAGCUCUCCACCAAAUGCAUCAUCAAGAUUGUGGAAUUCGCCAAACGUCUGCCGGGUUUCACCACCCUCACCAUCGCUGACCAGAUCACUCUACUGAAGUCGGCCUGCCUGGAAAUAUUGAUGUUGAGAAUCUGCACACGCUACACCCCAGAACAGGACACUAUGACCUUCUCAGAUGGCCUGACUCUGAACCGGACCCAGAUGCACAACGCUGGCUUCGGACCUCUCACAGACCUGGUGUUUGCCUUCGCUGGCCAGCUUCUACCCCUGGAGAUGGACGACACAGAAACCGGCCUCCUCAGCGCCAUCUGCCUCAUCUGUGGAGACCGUAUGGAUCUAGAGGAGCCGCAGAAAGUAGAUAAGCUGCAAGAGCCUCUACUUGAAGCUCUGAAGAUCUACGCCCGGCGCCGUCGCCCCAACAAACUCCACAUGUUCCCCCGCAUGCUGAUGAAGAUCACCGACCUCAGGGGCAUCAGCACCAAGGGUGCAGAGAGAGCCAUCACUCUGAAGAUGGAGAUCCCAGGGCCAAUGCCUCCUCUGAUCAGGGAGAUGCUGGAGAACCCAGAGGCUUUUGAAGACCAAACAGAGGGCAAAGAGAGCCCGCCCCCCCCUCCUCCGCCACCACCACCUCCACCGCCCGCCCAGGUGAAGCAGGAGGUCGAGGAUGAGGACGACAGCUGGGCCACAGAGAACGGCAGCGAGCCAUCGCCGGAGGAGGAAGACGAAGACAAUGAUGACGAUGAAGAUCGAGACAGGGGCUCGGACAGUGAUGGGGAGCCCUGGGGGGUUCUGGAUGCCAUCGAUGGGGCGAGGAAAGGCCUUGUUGGGAGGGCGCAGUGAACCAAGCAUUUCAUACAUAUACACAUGCACAUACAGGUUAAAACACAAACAUACAUAGAGACAUACAACACGACCUCACCUACUCUCCACCUCAACAAAAUGCUGGCCCUCCCCCUGUCUCUCCUUACUGCACAUUACUGUGUCCUCCUCAGCGGAGCACAGCAGAGCCUUAUGUGUAUAGACACUUCUAACUCAGGCCUCAUGGUCCAUGACAACUGAACUACAGAACAUAAAGGAAAGGAGAGAUGACAGUAAACCAUAUGAACUCCUGGACGAGAGGGAAGUUAACGUGACAAUAAGAACAGAAUCUCUUUGAGAAAGCUUAACGCCGUUUUUUUUCCACUAUUGUUGUUUGUAACUGAAUAGGGGAACGGCCAAACCAGAACUGAGCAGUUGAUUCCAAUGGAUUACAACAAGCACAUUUCUCAAAAGACAACAAGAGUACAGGGCAAAACCAAAUCGAGUAUGCUAACCUUUGUUUUUGUGGUUAUUGCUUUUGAAUAUUGUUUUCAGUUUUACUUUUCUUAUUUGUUUCAAUUUAUGAAUAAGUCCAUACAUAUCUAUAUACCAUUAUAUUUUUGCCUUUGUUUGUUAUUCGGUUUUUUAUAUAUGAAUCCUUUUAGACAUUGUUUUCUUUGAAGAGCUUUCCUGAGAAGAUAUUCUUAAGGAAAGAAGGGUAAUCUGAACUGGCUGGGUCUUCCUCAUCAGCCACAUAUGUUUAGCUGGGGCUUUUGGGGGCACUAUGGCUCAAUGUGGAUGUCAAUGAUAAUCAACCCAGAGGACUAUUGUUAAUUUGCAGUGACUUAAUCAGUUUCUGUUAUCAGGGAAUUGGCAUUAUUAUAUUAAGCUCUCAUUGUAGCCGAUUUGUGCUGUCAAUGCUGAAAUAAUUUUGUGCCAAAGUUAGGAAAAGUCAUCUUUGGAGCAUGAGUUUGAGUACUGGCAGGGACACCAGCCUUGAUCCAGCAAUCCUCACAGCAGCGCGCUCAUUCAAACAUGCCCUAACACACCCUGAUAUCACACACACACACACACACACACACACACACACACACACACACACACACACACACACACACACACACACACA